CCCAGGAUGGGCUAGCGGACCCGCCAGUGCUCACCGCGAGUCCGCAGUUUAGCGGCUCCCGAACCGGAAGCCCCCGGACAGGAAACAGAGGCGGAGACAGAGUCACGUGUGAGCCAAAGAUGGAGCCCAGGCGACCCUGGCGAAGGUUGUUGUAGAUUCCGGCGCGGGAGGACCUGGGCAAGCACGGGCGGCUGGGGAGGGCGGCCAUACACUGCCGUCAUUCUGCCGAGUGAAACUUUCGGAAAUCUUUAUAGUAUUUCAAGGUGUCUUUGAUUCGAUUUCCUGAGAAAUACCAGGAAGAAGAAACAGGACUUGAAUCCUGGGAUCCUGACCUAAACUUGUAAAACUGCAAUGUACUUUCGAGGCUAAUUUUUAAGUCGAGAUUUAUGGAACUUUGCACAUGCAGCAUUUUCCAAAUCAUAUACAACAGGUACCCAAGAUUUGGUCCAAGAUGGAAAGUCAUCAACCAAGUACUAGCAAAGAUGAUUUAAUAUUUAAUGUCAUAUCCAGAAAAAUUAAACAACUUCCAGAAUCAGACAGGAAUCUACUUGAAUAUGGAUCAGCAUAUAUUGGACUUAAUGCUGCUUUUGGGGGCCUAAUAGCAAACAGUCUAUUUCGGCGAACCUUGAAUGUGACACAAGCUCGAAUAGCUUCUAGCUUACCGAUGGCUGUGAUCCCAUUUUUGACAGCAAACCUGUCCUACCAUAGUUUUGUAAGCUUACCUUUGAGUACAGGUGAUCUGAACUGUGAAACCUGUACCACAACACGGGGUGCACUAGUUGGUUUUGUUAUAGGUGGUCUGUACCCUAUCUUUUUGGCCAUACCUGUGAAUGGGGGCCUUGCUGCCAGGUAUGAAUCAAGCCCCCUACCACAGAGGGGAAACAUCCUCAAUUACUGGAUUACAGUUUCUAAGCCUGUCUUUAGAAAAAUGUUAUUUCCUACUUUACUUCAGACUGUGUUUGCAUCGUAUCUUGGGUCUAGACAAUAUAAACUCCUCAUAAAGGCCCUUCACUUACCUGAACCUGACUCAGAAAUUCAUUGACUUGAAGCAAGUAUGUACAACAAAAAUAAAAUGGUGACAAUAAUC